AUGUCGUUGUCACAGACCUCUACGAGACGACAUUUUAUACUUAUCAUCCUUCCACGAAGUUUUACAGGCGAGGACACUUCAAAGUCGAAGAUUUCCGAGGUGAGCAAGAUUCACUGGAGGUUCGUAGAUUACAGCUUCUAUGGAUGACUGCUAUUCUGGCCCGAGCAUUGUUCUCUUUGUUGGUGGAAGGGUAUCACGACUUUAUCCAGGCAACGAUACGUCGUUUAGACUCGCCCUUGCCUUUGCAACGGUUCGACAUGGCGACAGAACAACUCAGCGUCUACGACGAACACACUUUCAUGCGUCAUUUUCGCACAAUCGGCGUUACUGUCGAGCAUGAGAUGGCUGUUUGCCAUGCUCUGCUCUCUUUUAUCGGCUUCGAAACCAGAAGAGACGAAAGGUUCGAUGUGGACGACAAAUCGCGAACUAUAUUUUACCACAUACCGAACUUUCCUGACCUCGAAUUCAAGUUGCGGGUAGUAAUGGCUAUUCCUUCUACAGAACCAAUUACUCCCAACACGAUGGUAACACUACAAUGGAGACGGCCUAACGGCGAUUGGCAACCGGGUGGUUCCUGGUCAUUUUGCUUUGAGGAUUUCUUCCGUACCGAUGUGGUGCUCCCUUCAAAUUUUGAAGAGAUAGAAGAUAGUGGAUUCCUCAACGCGACUCUGUAUGCGGAGUUCAGGGAUUCGAUGCAGGUAGAGUUGUUGCGGCCACUGUGGGACAGGAUACAGGAAAAUUUCUGUGGUAUAGAUACAGGAGCACUCCGACAGUCGCUAGAACUGAUUGAGGAAGCCCAAAUGCUGAUGUCGAAGUCACAGGAGGACGGCAUGGAGAAACUGAGAGAAAGUGUUCGAGUGUUGCCUUGGGAAAGUCAAUUCUAAGAUGCUCAGAGUGUCCAGCUUAGUUAUGUCUUGCCUUUUACAUGAUUCGAGGGGUGGUACAAGUUUUUGAUUGACGAGAGUAUUUUGUGCCAUUGGAUAGAAUGAUUAUGGUUGUAUUUUAAGACGCGAUGUUCAAGUUGACGUUCAG